ACUUUGUCUCCAUCUCCAAAACCAGGCAAGUGAGUUUUAUUUUUAAAAAAUAUGGUAGUAAUGGGACGGUCGUCGGAGCUUCCUUCUGGAUUGCCGAAUUUAAAUUAUCAAAUUCUACAAUGCUCGUGCAUUGCCAGACAACAAAAGGGGAUCACUGGAUCGCUACGGCAAGGUUCGUAGGACGCGAAGCGCGAAGUACGCGGUCUCAGCGCAAAUCUGUCAUCAGUCACAGGAACUCCUUGUCAUCAUCGUCAUCAUGCAGUUGUUUCGAUCUGUCAUUCCCCUCUACAACGUGCCAUUAUUCUAUGGUGGAUGUGCAUCCUCUCCUGUAAUUCAAAAGAGCUUCCAGGGGGUUCUCUCCUGUUGUAAAUACUCAUGUAUUUCUGGAUUUGUGAAUCAUCCUCUUAGUGGUCCACAGAAUGCUCAAAGAGCAUUGUCAGAGAUUCGUCCAGAGAGAAAUUUAUACACAACUCCCUCAAGAUACGACAUUGAUAAUGCAGGGAGACUUAUGGGGGCUGGAAUGGCUACAAUCGGGAUAGCUGGCCCAGGUGCUGGAGUUGGCAUUGUUUUUGGGAGCCUCAUGUUUUCUUAUUCACGUAAUCCUAGCCUUAAAGGUUCCCUAUUUUCCUAUGCCAUUCUAGGAUUUGCUCUUACUGAGGCCAUGGGACUUUUUGCUAUUUUAAUGGCAUUUAUUAUUUUGUUCACUUAAUUACACCUGCCAUGUUCCAUGUAUUCUAAUCAAUUCCCUAGCCUUGUUUGAGGUGUUGAAGCACAAGCUUCAUUUAACACUAUUUUCUAUCUUGUCUGAGUCAAUGACUUUUCUUUGAGAAUAAACAAUUCAUUUCAAAUUUCUGUUAUUCUUGGAAAAAUCAGUGUUUAAAGAAAUAUGAAUAGGGACACCAAGGAAAGUCAAACGAGCAAAUGCAGGGAUUCUUUCUAUCCACAACUGUAUUCAUGAAACAAACAGUUACAGCAACAUAGCUCCCAGCAAUAAUUUCUUAAAACAAGUAGCACAUCUAUAAAGGAGUAGGAAAUCCGAUAACCAUCAAGUAGGCACAGCAGUAAGAUUAAGAAGCACUCUCAACUUGUGCCUCCAGGCCUAGAGUGAGAUGACAACCCUGUGGACAAGCCGUUUAUGUAUGAAAACCACUCACAAAAAUAAACAAAAGCCAUCAAAGACAGUCCCAAGAGUUAUAACUAAAACUCAGAGGGUAAAGCCAGAUAAGUAGAAACCAGAAAGGCCUCAAAGAAAAAAAAAGAA